AUGCCUCGCAAGGGCCGUAAAGGUAGAAAAGGAAGACAUGAUACUUCCAUGGUUAAGGAGGAGAAGGAAGAAGUAGUUAAACAAGAAGAGGAAAAUAUAGAUGCGGAAUCUGAAGACGAUGCAGACUACAAUCCGAAAGAGAUCAUUAAAAAUGGUGAAGAAGAAGUUGAUAGUGACACCGAAGUUGUUUACGUUGUGAUCAACCAAAUUAGAGGUCGUGGAAGGCCUAGAUUAAAAAGAAAGGGAGAGGAAGAACUUCCUAAAAAUAAGAAGAUCAAGAAGGUUUUCGUCGAUGAAGAUGGUAACCGGUUGACUAUUCGUGACGACGAAGUGGUGACACCGGAUGAUCCUAAGGGAGAUGAGAAGAUAACGGAAAUGGGUGACUUGAGGGGUGGACGGCAAUUUAAAGUAAAGACAUUUACUGCCAUCGGUCGUGGUGAUAGAAAGUACAUGGUUUCCACAGACAUAGCUAGAAAUGUGGGAUAUAGAGACUCGUAUUUUCUAUUCCAGAAGCAUUCUCAUCUAUUUAGAGUGACAAUAAAUGAGGUGGACAAGCUUACGAUGAUCCGCGCGGGAAUUUUACCGUCUUCUUUCAAGACGAGAGCAGUUUAUCUUGUGACUGCACGAUCCAUUUACAAAGAAUUUGGUGCCAAAGUGAUUAUUAAUGGACGACAAGUGAUUGACGAUUAUUAUGAGGAUAAAGCUAGGAAAGACGGUGCCAUUGAAGGAGCUCCCGCACUUUCCAUUAUUGAAUCUACUGCACACCGUAGUCACCACAAGAAACAUGAGAUUGUUGCCAAUCAGAUACUUCCAUCUCAAGCCUCUGACAAAUUGAGCGUUACUUGGAUCUAUGACAAUGCCUUGAAAUGCAGACAAUUCGAAUCUAUGCUGUUAUAUGACAGGCUAGACUUGUUCAACAAUAUAGCUAGUGGCAAUACAGACAGAGAUUCCUACACGGGAAUUACGUUUGUGCCUAAUAUUACACAGCCUACUCGCCACAAGAUACGCAAGAUAGUGGGAUCGAACGAAGGAGAGAACAAGUUGAUCUUUGAAACCAAGAUGGUUGAUAGUCUACGGAUUAAAACAGGAUUAUCCGAAGUGCCUACUGAAAUAUAUGAAGGAGUGGUUGAUGAAGAUGUGAGAAAGGCCAUAGAAGAACAGAAGAAACUAGAACUAGGAGACUAG